UCCCUCGCUGGGGCUGUGGGUUAAAGCGGUCCCGUUCCGGCUGCGCGGGGGCUGACCCGCAGGCAGGAAGUACCGACGGCUCCUCCCUUUGCCCUCCCGCUCCCCUCCUCUUCCUCGCCCAUGUCCAUACCAAGAUGGCUGGGGUCCCUUUGUAUUUUGUGGAUUUGCAGGAUGACUUAGAUGAUUUUGGGUUCGAAGAUUAUGGACCAGACUGUGACAGCAUGAGAAUAACUGCAUUCUUGGAUAUUCCUGGCCAGGACAACUUAACUCCACUGGCUCGUCUAGAAAAAUAUGCCUUCAGCGAUAACAUAUUUAACAGGCAGAUUAUUGCCAGAGGUCUUUUGGAUGUCUUUCGAGAUUUCAGUAGUAAUGAAGAAGACUUCCUGACUGUAAUGGAAAUAGUGGUCAGGCUCUCUGAAGAUGCAGAGCCGACUGUACGUACAGAGCUGAUGGAACAAAUACCUCCUAUUGCCAUUUUUCUGCAAGAAAAUCGACCAAAAUUCCCAACAGCGUUUUUUGAAUACCUUAUGCCCAUAGUAGUGAGAUACCUCACAGAUGUUAACAAUCAGGUUAGAAAGGCAGGUCAGGAAGCACUGCUUAUACUGCUAGAACAAGAUCUUGUUGCUCAGAGUGACAUUGAAAAUAAGGUGUGUCCAAUUCUGUUGGACCUCUCUGCUCCUGACAGUGAUGAUGAAUACAAGGUGGAAGCUGUGAAUAUAAUCUGUAAAAUGGCUUCUAUGUUGAGCAGAACAACAGUUGAGCACCUGCUGCUUCCUCGUUUCUGUGAACUGUGCAGUGAUGGGAAAUUGUUUCAAGUCCGAAAGAUUUGUGCAGCUAAUUUUGGUGACAUUUGUAAUGCAGUUGGGCAAGAAGCCACAGAAAGAUUGCUGAUUCCCAAAUUCUUUGAGCUCUGUUCUGAUAGUGUUUGGGGAAUGAGAAAAGCUUGUGCUGAAUGCUUUAUGGCAGUGUCUUAUACCACAUCCCCAGAAGUUCGCAGAAGCAAACUAUCCCCACUGUUUAUCAGUCUUAUUAGUGACACUUGCAGAUGGGUUCGUCAGGCUGCUUUUCAGUCUCUUGGCCCAUUUAUUUCUACCUUUGCAAACCCUUCGAGCGCUGGUCUUUACAUUCAAGAAGAUGGGACACUAAGUAUCCAACAAUCAACGCAAGAUGUGAAUUCCAAUUUGUGUCAGCCAAGCAACAAUAAAACUUUAAUGUCCUCCAGUACAAAUGCUAUACUGUCCAGUUCAGAACAACCAAUGGAAAUCAAACCGGAAUCAUCGACUGAAGAGACUUCAGCUGAAGUUCAUACAAAGCUCUCUGUUGAGAACCUAAAUAAAGACACACAGGAGGAAAGUUCAUAUUGUUGUACCAAUCCUGGAGAAGAUGUGUCUCGAUUGUCUCAGGGUGACAGAGUUGCUGCUGGUGUCAUAGAAGUCACUAAGGACAGCAGUUUUCCUGGAAUGAGCUCAAGGCUACAGUCUGCUGAGGACAUAUUUAAUACUUUUCUAUAUUGGCGCCCUCCUCUGCCUGAUAUAAGUCAGGAUCUGGAGUUGCUUCAGUUCAAGACUGAAACGCAUAAAGAUAGUUGUUCAGUGCCAUGUAAUAACUGUGUUGCUAGUACUGAAAUAAAAAAAGUUCUAGAAAGCUUACAAGAGCAUAUAGAUGAUCCAGAUGUUCAAGCUCAGGUCCAAGUGCUGUCUGCUGCUCUCAGAGCUGCUGAGUUUGAUUCUGUUGGUGACUAUGAGACCAAAAACAUGAAGGAAAGCAGUGGCAAACUCCAGAAAAAAACAGUAUCAGAUGAAACAGCUGUUUCACAUGCUACCUGUAGCCAGGUGGAGGAGGGCACUCUUUCAUCCCGUGCCUCCCAGGAUAACAUCAGUGACCAGUCUACCACCUGUGUACUGAAAAGCACAAACUCGGAGGAACAACAUAGAGGAACCAGUGUAUUUUUAAAGAAAGAGCAAGAAAGUAAUUUGCCACUGGAUGAUGACAAGUCAAAAUUACAGGAUAUCAUACCUCAGCCUUUAUUAGACCAAUACUUGUCAAUGACUGACCCAGCUCGAGCCCAGACUGUUGAUACUGAAAUAGCCAAACACUGUGCGUAUAGUCUUCCUGGAGUGGCCUUGACACUGGGCAGGCAGAACUGGCACUGCCUGAAAGAUACGUAUGAGACACUGGCCUCAGAUGUACAGUGGAAGGUACGUCGGACGCUAGCUUUCUCCAUACAUGAACUAGCAGUUAUCCUGGGGGAUCAGCUAACAGCUGCUGACCUGGUGCCAAUUUUCAAUGGAUUCUUGAAAGAUCUGGAUGAAGUGCGUAUUGGUGUCCUUAAACAUCUAUAUGACUUCCUGAAGUUACUUCAUGCAGACAAAAGGCGAGAGUAUCUUUAUCAACUUCAGGAAUUUGUGGUGACUGAUAACAGCAGGAACUGGAGGUUUCGUUACGAGCUGGCAGAGCAGCUAAUCCUGAUACUGGAGCUCUAUAAUCCCAAUGAUGUCUAUGACUACUUAAGACAUAUUGCACUAACUCUCUGCUCCGAUAAAGUUUCAGAAGUCCGGUGGAUCUCUUUCAGGCUGGUUGUGGCAAUACUACAGAAGUUCUAUGCAAACAAUGCAAAUGCACUGGGAUUAAAUUUCAUUAAUGAACUCGUGGUGCGGUUUCGCCACUGCUCCAAGUGGGUUGGAAGACAAGCUUUUGCCUUCAUUUGUCAGGCCGUAGUAGAAGAAGAAUGUAUGCCUGUCGACCAGUUUGUUGAACACUUACUCCCCAGUCUGUUAAGUCUUGCUUCAGAUCCUGUGCCAAAUGUAAGGGUUCUGCUGGCCAAGGCUCUAAGGCAGACCUUACUGGAGAAAGCUUAUUUUAAAAGCGUUGGCAAUCCUCAUCUAGAAGCUGCAGAAGAGACCAUUUUAGCCCUGCAGUCUGACAGAGAUCAAGAUGUGUCCUUCUUUGCCACCAUAAAACUAAAACAGGGUAACAUGGACAAUACUACCAUUGACAAACAAAACUAAUGUGGUGUUCUGCAGUAAACACUGAACAGCACAAUGGUUAUUCACCUUAUCUUCACAGUUGGUAUGAAUAAUGUGUACAAAUAAGGAAGUUGUUACCUACUUGACCUGGAAAGGUUGUAUUAAAACUGUUAGAGUCUUCAUUUCAUGCCUGUGUUUCAUUUAAGGCUGUGUUUUUGUCUCAUAUGCAUGAAUACUUCCUUUGAUCUUUUGUUUCUUUGUAAAUGUGGGUGAUAACUGAUCUCACCUGCAGUUAAGUGUUUCAUGUAAGUCCUACACCAUAUUCAGUGUUUCAGUGUAAUUGAAAUUUGUAUUUCCUUUUUAACAAAACAUUUACAGUAGUAGAGAAGUCUACUAUAAGAUCAAAAUGGUUUCUAAACCUUCAAACCUGUUUUAUAGCAAACCUACGUGAAGAUACUCUCCUCACUUUCAUUGUAGUUUUUGUGUUGUUUCAAGUAUUGCAUUUUAACUGAAAAAAGUGUAUAUAUGUGAAUAGUUUUGAAUUUUAUCAAAAAGCAAUGAAGAACUUAGUUCUGUAUCAGUGGAAAAGAGCUCCAAAGUAAUUUCACUUUUUUCUGCUAGAAUUAAGGCAUGGUUCAUUUUUACUUAAUGUGAUAUUUUUCAAAGCACAGAGAGAUCAAGGUUCUUUGUAUAUUGUGACUUUUCUAUUAAUUUCUAUUAAUUUGUGAUUUCUGAGCUGUACCCUUACAGGUGUUAACAUGUCUGUUUUCCUCACUGCUGGCUCUCCUAGUAGGUAGACUGUACAUUUCCCAAACUGAAAGUCAUUUAUUCUGCCCUGGCAAAGUCCAGCUCAUCUAAGGGCUUCAGUGCAUGUGCUGUAUCUGUAGAAGGGUAUGACAGAAUCUUACAGGAUUUUGUUGUUUGUUUUACAUACACCUCCUUUGAAAAAAAAAAAACCAAACAAAACAAAACCUACCUUUAACUGAUCCAGUGUUCAAAUGCCAAACUGGUCACUAUUCCUAAGAAAAAGAAGGAACUCUAAAUUGUGAAAAACCCCAGCUAAUGAAUGUUCAGGGGAAAGGUGGUGACGCAGUUGGUUCUAUGACUUGUUGAUUGUAUGGCAAGGUUUGGGGCAAAUGAUAAAUGAAGGUUUUGGAGAUCUGUAAUCUUAAGUAGGACUUUUCCAGUGUGUUUAAAUAGGUGUUUCAGAAGAAAGAAUAUACAGGUAGAACCAAGUUCUGUUACUGAAAUUGAAUAGCUUCUGCCAGUUGGAAAAUUAUAAACUGAUACUUUUUGGUGGAUCCUGAUUUCUGUUGUAUUCCAGAUUUGCAGAUAAUAUAGGGCCUGAAAAAAAACAAGUCUUAUUUUCUUAAAUUGGAGUUUUGUCCUGUUCAAAAAUGGUUAAAUACUAAAGAAUGGUUUCAUGUAAUAAGUUAGUUUCUCUGAACAUGAUACUUUAUUAUAGACAUACCUGUGUAAAUAUUUCCCUUUUAGUAUGAGUAGUAAAUAUACUCCUUAUACUAGUAAGUAGUUCACACAGGUGAAGGUUUUUACAGAAAUUACUGGGUUUUUUUUGUUCUGAUUUAAAUUUGGCUUGCCUGCAGUUACAGCAAACAGGUUCCUCAGCUGGGUUCUGUGUUUUUGGAGGGCUCAGUUUUGUAUAGGUUUAACUAGUCUUGUAUUAUAAUAUGUACAGUAUUUGUAACAAAUUGUUUUCUUGUGAGACCACAAAAUGCUUUUUGGAAGUGGCAGGCAGAAAUUAUCACUGCUGGUAUAGCAACAGUGUAAACUCUGCAAGAUUCUACAUUUUAUUUUUUACAGGUUUUUUUAUAAUUUAAAGCAAAUGCUUCUUCAGUGCAGACUUUUUACGAUUGCAAUUUCUUAACAAAAAGACCUCGAGUUAAUUUUUUUUUCCUAGUUCUAAUAUCUUUUUUCUAAUGCUGGCAUUAUACUGGUAUUUUCUAACAGUUCAACUUUUCUAAGGCCUUUCUGACAAGGUUUUACUUCUGGUUUUUAUUAUAAGUUCAUUACAUUUCUCAGCACUGAACCAAUUUUUUUAAGUGUGUGUAUAUGUAAGUAUGUUUGAAAUGCACUGUAUAUAAAUUAAAUCCUUUGAACAUUAACCCAACCCAGAUUUCUGUUUGUCAGAUAUUCUUAAAUAGUUACCUUUUUCUUGCAGUAAUCCACUGGAAAACACAAGCUUCCAUCUGUUUUAGCAUGUUUGGUUAGUGUUCACUAAGAGUUUUUAAUUAGAGUAUGUGUAAACAGUAAGCCACCAGCUAUAGGAGUUCACUAAAAGACUAAACAAAGUUCUUUGGUUUUAACAGUAUUUUGGUACCUCUCUGGCUCCAGAAAUCAUGUCUGGCUUAAAUGGUAUGAUUUCAGUAGAGCAUUUAAAAACUGUUAAAACUCUACAGUUGCAUGCUCUAAUGGGGUCAUUGUAGUUUGGGGGUGAGGGGUUUUUGGUAUACAAUAUGCAGGCCUAUUAAACAGGUUUACCCUCUACAAGGUUUGCCUCUUUUCUGGUUUAGAACUGAACCAAACGAUUCAGCAUGUCUAAGGGCUGCACUUUACAUCUUGUACUAGACCAGUGGACGCAAUGAUGAAUAAAGCGGUGUGUUUGCAUACAGUUCUCUGGGUUGCUUAAAUUAUGCAAAUAUAAGUAUUUUAAAAGCCAGAUGGAGCAAAGUUAGGUAGUUGAACCACUUUCAUAUCAGCUGUUAGAAUCUCCGUUUUAAACAUUUCUAGCUAAGGAACAUGAAAACGCUGGUAGGUGCAAUAUUGCUUGGAUGCUAUAGGAAAUUAUCAAGCACUUGUAAUCCAAAGCAUGUUAGUUAUAUUGCUUAGAACUCAGCCUCACUGGUAUCUUGUGCAUGAUAUGCACUUGGCAUCAGUCAGGAUGACUGCCCCAGUGGCAGUUGUGUCUGUACACAGUGUUGUUUAGAGCCCAGUUAAGGGAAGACACUCUGGAAGUGUUGUUCAUUUGUUGGAAUAGAGAAUCUAUGUAACUUUCUGUUUGUAUUUAUCUCAAUAAAUCCUGUGACUGUUUUAUAAA